AAGAAGAAAGAAAAUUCUAGAACGUCAGAAAGAAAAACUGAGGGCAAAUCAUCUUUCCAUUCUCAUGCCUAUAAAUCCAUAAUCCAUCUGUAAAAGGCUUUUAUCAAGCACUGCCAGAAAACCCACUUCCCUUUCCGUUUAACCAGUGGAAGUUUCAAUUAACACAGAGAGGAGAGGUAAAAUGGAGGGUCAAGACGAUGGUGUUGCUGAGCAGAUCCAACAACACGAGCUUCAGUCUAUUCUCUCUUGCUCGGACAGGGAUUUCCUCAUUCGCAACAACGACGAUCAGGUGAAAGUUGACAAUUUGAAGGGUAAAAAGGUCGGGUUGUAUUUUUCAGCAUCAUGGUGUGGUCCAUGUCAACAGUUCACCCCAAAUCUGGUGGAGGUUUACAAUGAACUGUCCGCCAAGGGCAAUUUUGAGAUUGUGUUUGUCUCAGCAGAUCAAGAAGAAGAGGCAUUUAAGGGUUAUUUCUCCAAGAUGCCCUGGCUUGCCAUCCCAUUUUCUGAUUCGAACACGCGCGAUCAGUUGGAUGAGUUGUUCAAGGUGAUGGGAAUACCGUACCUUGUAAUUCUUGAUGAGAAUGGGAAGGUUAUGACAGAGGAUGGUGUUGAGUUCAUUCGGGAUUAUGGAGUUGAUGCAUAUCCUUUUACCCAAGAAAGGAUCAAAGAAAUUAAGGAGGAAGAAGAAAAAGUUAAGAGGGAACAGCCCUUGAAAUUUAUCUUAGCCUCCCAUUCUCGUGACUUUGUGAUCUCGGCAAAUGGGAAUAAGGUUUCUAUCUCUGAGCUCAAAGGGAAGACCAUAGGCCUGUAUUUUGCAGAGUCUUCGUACAAGAAAUGCAUCAAGUUCACUCCAAAACUCGUUGAAGUUUAUGAGACGUUGAAGGCAAAGGGGGAGAAAUUUGAAGUUGUGAUGAUACCCUUUGACGAUGAUGAAGAAUCUUUCAAUCAAUGCUUUGAAAAGAUGCCUUGGUUAUCACUUCCCUAUGAUGACAAGAGCUGUGUCAAGCUUGCUCGGUACUUUGAAAUUCCAACCAUACCUGCAUUGGCUAUUAUCGGACCAGAUGGGAGAACUCUGCAGUCUGAUGUUGUGGAGGCCAUUGAAGAUCAUGGCACAGAGACGUACCCUUUUACACCAGAAAAGUUUUCCGAGCUUGAGGAGAAAGAUAAGGCAAAACGGGAUGCCCAAACAUUGGAGUCUAUUUUGGUUUCGGGGGACCUCGAUUUUGUGAUUGGGAAAGAUGGACACAAGGUUCCUAUUUCUGAUCUCAUUGGUAAAAAUAUCCUCCUUUACUUCUCAGCACACUGGUGUCCUCCAUGCCGGGCUUUUACCCCAAAGCUUGUCGAAACAUAUCACCAGAUUAAGGAAAAAGAAGAUGCGUUCGAACUUAUUUUCAUAUCGAGUGAUAGGGAUCAGACCUCAUUUGACGAGUACUAUUCCGAAAUGCCAUGGCUAGCACUUCCCUUUGAAGAUGAGAGGAAGGAGUAUUUGGACCGCAUUUUCAAGGUCCAAGGCAUUCCAACGCUAGUUGCAAUCGGGCCAACCGGCCGGACUGUCACGACAGAAGGCCGCAAACUUGUUAUGUAUCAUGGAGCCGAUGCUUAUCCCUUCACAGAGGCACGAUUGAAGGAGAUUGAGGAGGCGGAGAAUGAGGAGAUGGCAAACAACCCUACCGAAGGGGAUAUGGGAGAUGAUGAUGCAGACGAGGGGACGAAAACUAAAGAAGGGUACGUUUGUGAUGGAGAUGUCUGUCAGAAAGCUUAAGAAGCUAGUGUUUUCGAAACCAUGGCUAUCUGAUCUUCAGCUUGUUUUCAUGUGUGUGGUUUUCCCUACUUACAAUAAAAGUUGAGUAAGUUUUAGUUCAAGGUUUGAAGGCAUGUAUCCUGUCUUAUAAACCUCCGGAAGUGGUUUGUUAACCUUAUGUCCAAGUAACUCUUAUUUGCAUAGUGUUAUUGUGUGCCACUGUUCUUGUCAAUGCAUUUGGUACUGUUAUUGUGUGCCACUGUUCUUGUCAA